GGCAGAGGCUUUAACCCACUGAGCCACCCAGGUGCCCCCCAAAACAUGCAUUUUUAUGAUGAAAUACAGGCUGUUCCUGUUUUGUUGCCUCAAUCUCUUCUUUUUUUCCUUUGAAUAUUUCUUCGCAUCCUGGCAUCCUUUGUUAAAAAGAUGUAUGUAUUUAUUUACUUACUUGUUUUAGAGAGUGUGAAGUGGGGGGAGAGGGGUGAAAGAGGGAGAGAGGGCAAGAAUCCCAAGCAUCCUCACGUGGGACUGAUAUCACAGCCCUUACAUCAUGACCUAAGCUGAAACCAAGAGUCAGAUGCUUAAUGGAUUGAGCCACACAGGUGCCCCCUGGCAUCCUUUAAUAACAUGUAUUAAGCAAAGGUUUUGGCUUUGGUUGUUGUGAAUCUUUUAGUAGUGUUGGGUUUCAGUUUCCUGGCUCCAGUUUGUUAUGAUAUCUUUUCUCCACGAUGUUUUGGGUACUCCUUCUUAUGGAUAUUGUCAAGAUUUGUCUUUUCUCUUUAAUUUUACCCUUUAUGUAUAUUUUCUUUGGCUUUUUUUUUUUGAGAUUCUUUGUGUAUAUUAAUGCAGUUUUCUUAAGUUGUGAUUAAGAUUUGUUAAAAUUACUGUACUUAACUGUUUUCACUUCCUGAUAAAUCUGUGUGCCAUGUUACUAAUUUUAUCUUUGUGAACACACACUUAAAAUUACCGUAAACUUUUAUACUCUACACCCACAAGAUUUUUGUUUUUUAAGUGGUUGUAUUCCUUCAUCAUCCUCUGGUACCACUACAAGAGAAAAUGAUGAUAGGAUACUUCAGGUAAGCUGCUUUGCUAACAUAGGCAGAAGUUUAAUCAUUGUAAGGAUAGAAAGUAAUGCCUCAAAGUAAAUAACUUUACAUAAUGAGGAUGGAGCAAAGGUUAGGUCCUAGCUUGUUUCCUUUCUCUGAAGCUGAAACAGAAAUGCAGCUGUGCUGAACUGCAGGAGGCCAAAGCACCUUUGCUGCGUUGAACUGCGGGAUGCCAAGACUCCAACAACCUCUGCGGAGAGAUUAGUUUUGAGGCACAGUCCAGACUCUAGGAGUGGGUUUAGUUGUCUGCCCUGGGGGAGAAUAUAUUCGCAAUAUUUUUCUGCACAUUUAUUGAAAAACUUGGAAAAGAAGAUUAAGGAGUCACAUAUCUAAACAGUUAUUAGGGGCAACCAGGAAGUAUAGGAAGAGAGGAACGCAUUUUUGGCAUAAGAAGAAUCAGAAUCAUAAGGAAUAAAACAGAAGGGUCAGAAGCACACCCACACAUAAACAUGGACUUACCUUAUAUCCUUUAUUCUUGCUGCUCAUUCGCCUAAGGGACGUUACCCAAACACAACCCAACCCCGACAGGCUCUAUACUCCCUUUUCCCACUUUGGAAGGACAUACCUGAGAAUGCACACAUGCUUUUGGCAUAACCGUAACACAUUCUACUUUCUGGUAUAAAUACUUUCUUUAUCCUCUUCAGCUUUCAUCUUUACCUGAAAUUAUUAAGUGUUUCAUAUUGUCUGUGUCCCUGAUUUGAAUUAAAUUAACGUGGCCCUGCUCUUCCUGCAGGUUCUGCUUUCAGCAGAUGCACUUAUGGACCCUGCACCGGUGAGUGUCAGGUGUCCUGGAACUCUUGCUGCCACUCGUCCUGCCUUUGGUGUCUAGAGACUCUAGAUAAGCCCUUAAGCCCGCGUCAGAGGUUAUAUGGAGAGAGAGUCCCACUUUUGGCAAGCAGCAGGAGCUCUGUGACCUUUGAGGACGUGGCUGUGUACUUUUCCCAGGAGGAGUGGCGAUUUCUUAAUAAGGCUCAGAAACACUUGUACCGCGAUGUGAUGCUGGAGGUCUUUGCACUCAUUGCCUCACUGGGUGGCGGCCAGGGAGCACUGGAGGCGGCAGCACCCUCUGAGCAGAACGUGUCUGGAGGAAGGUCACAGAAGGCCUACGCCCAGGACUGUAGCCUGGACACAAACCCUGGCCAGACCGCCUGUGGGACGCAGGGGCAUGUUCACCAGCAUCCGAAGCGGCACAGUGUGGGGCAGCCCCUCAGAAGGAACUUGCAAAGCUGUGCCACCCACACAUCAGGGAAGCCCUUCCGUGCUAACUCAGGCCUUCUCCAACACCAGCUCCUUCACAGCCAGGAGACACCCCCUAAGACCACUGACUGCAUGGACUACCAGUGCAGUGACUGCGGGAAAGCCUUCUGUCGCAAAUACAGACUUGCUCAGCACCAGAGAGUGCACACCGGAGAGCGGCCUUAUGAGUGUGUUGAGUGUGGGAAAUCCUUCAGCUACAAACACAUACUUGUCCAGCACCGGAGAGUGCACACCGGGGAGCGGCCUUAUGAAUGCAGCGAGUGCAGCAAAGCCUUCAGUAACAAACCCACGCUGGUGCGCCACCAGAGGAUUCACACUGGAGAGAGGCCUUACGAAUGCAGCCACUGUGGGAAAUUCUUCAGCCAGAGCUCCAGCCUUAGUGAACACGAGAGAAUUCACACUGGGGCACGGCCUUACAAAUGUGGGGAGUGUGGGAAAUUCUUCACCUCCAACUCCAACCUAAUUAAACACCGGAGAGUGCACACGGGAACAAGGCCUUAUGAGUGCAGUGAGUGUGGGAAAUUCUUCAACCAAAGUCCCAGCCUCAUCAAGCACCAGAGAAUUCACACUGGUGAAAAGCCUUAUGAAUGUAGCGACUGUGGGAAACUCUUCAGCCAAAGCUCCACCCUCAUCAAGCACCAGAGAGUUCACAGCGGAGUAAGACCGUACAAGUGCAGCGACUGUGGGAAAGUCUUCAGCCAAAGUUUUGGCCUCACUCAACACCAGAGAGUUCAUAGCGCAGACAAACCCUAUGAGUGCAGUGGAGGCAGACAAUUCUCUAGCCAGAGCACACAACGGAAAGUCCUCGUGAAUGCGGCGGCAGCUGUGAUGAAGGCUUCAGCCACAAGUCUACUCUGAUGCACCCCCCAGCAAGUGCACAGCUCAACCCACCCUUACCAGUGCACCGAAUGUGGGAAAGCCUUCGGCUGGAGGUCUAAUCUCAUUUGACACCACAAAGUUCAUCCGGGAGAAAGGCCUUACAACAGAGGUGGAGAAUGAGCUGGACUAUUUAACACAGCAGCAUGCGGCACCCUGGGCGGUGAUGCUGUUCCUCACCUGUAUCUGCACGUGUCCCAACUUCAUAGGCAUUAGCGGGGGUAGAUGGAUGGUAUCAUGGCACCAAAUGUCUAGUUUUUUUGCCCCCAGGCCUUCUGGGAUAAGUCACUAAUCUUGUAAUCCAAAUGUUGUGGUUUUCUGUGGGUCUAGAGGUUUUCCUUGGAGGACAGUUGUAUUUUUUGGAUCAGCCUCUUUUCAUAGUGGAGGACACAUAUGACCCUGUUUGGUAUUACUGGUCUCCCUGGAACCCCUUUCAGUACAGCAGACUGGGGCUGGGAUGCCCCAUACCUCCCUGGGAUCGUGGAUUGUGCCUGGUUUAUAGGAAGGUUUUUGCAGAAAUUUUGAGGCCUUUAGAGCCAGCUGCUCCACUUAAAAGCAGAACUAGAACUCCAGACACCUUAAGGGAGAGGAAGUGUAAUUUUUAUGGCCCAUAGCCCCUACCUAUCCAGGGGAACUGCAGAGAUCCACACAAGCGGCCAUUCCUAAUCGGCCUGCAUCAUACUUAAAUUGUACUUUUCAUGGGGCUGGUUACUACAGGGCCAUGCACUGAACAAAGAUGCAACAGUUGGUAACUGCCCUCAGUAUGACCGAGAAGGAGGAAUAAGUGGGAAGAAUAAGUGGGGGGUGGGAAAGGGAGCAGGCUUCCCACCACAGGCCUGGGCGCCAGGACCCCACAGUCAUGAGUCAUGAUCUAAGGUAAAGGCAGUGCAUAAUGAUAGAGCUAUGUCACCCUCGGCCCGCAAGAACGACAAUCAGCCUGGUAUGGUGUUAAUGCUUCAUCUGUUUAUUUCAUCAACUUCCUUAGCUUAUAUGCGGCAGGGUGAC